AUGCCACAAAAGUCCAACGCAAAGUGUGAUCACACGCCUAUAUGUCUAUCCUCGUCUCCUCAUGCUGCCGUAGUAGGUUUCAGACGACAAGGCCAACGACAACGUCUCGCUGCGAUCAAAGCAGAUAAUCGAAGCUUCUCGCGAGAGGAUAAACUCAUCCUUGAAGAAGAUGAGGGAGCUUUUCCCGCCCCUUUGUUGCUGCCUGGAGAUGAUCUUGCAGGGGAUUCAGAUGAUCCGCAGAGCUUUCGGCAAUGGCUUAAUGGAGAACACCGCAAUCCCGUAACCGCAAAGCAAAAAACCGUUUAUGUGGUUCCGUCGCCUCAAAUUGACGCAAAUGUCGACUUCAUGCAAAAUUGGACGAGGCCAGGAUUUGGAGAGCAUGAGCUUUCCAUAAAACCCCCCAGUACAAAGGACGUCCAAGACUAUCUGACUGCCUUUUAUCACGGUCUUCCCGUCAAGAUGAUGUCGCCAUCGACCUUGCGAUUUAUGCCAUGGGAAGAACCCCAAAAGAGACUUCGUCAGAAGACAGGCCUUCAAUACCUAGGUUUGCAAUAUGGCGAUGAGUGCGUGCGGGUUCGCUCACGUACCUUGUCAAACGGGGUAUAUGGGGGUCAAGUCAACCUAGACGACCUUCUCGAGGCCGCGAUUAGCAUUUUACCGAAGGAUGCAUAUGCCCUCUUGAUCCUUGUGGACUUCGAUCUCUACGAAGAUGAGGAUGACGAAUUUGUAUGUGGGCGUGCAUACGGAGGAAGUCGUGUUGCAGUAGUAUCCAGUGCCAGAUACAACCCCAGACUGGAUACCAUUCACGAUGUCGAGCGUCUCCACGCAUGGCCUGCAUCGCAUUGUGAAAAGUACAUGUCCGCAUGUGCUUCAGCAGAGCCCAGUACCAAGAGACAGAAAAGAUCUCAGGUCAAGAGUCGGGGAUCAUCAAAUUCGAAUUCAGAGCUAAAAGGGCCUAUGCAGGAUGCUGUAUCAGCCUAUCGCUCCCUCCCAACGGUAGAUUCAUCAUCUUCGUUGCUAUCUGGACUCUGGUUGGGUCGUGUUUGCCGGACGGCAAGCCAUGAGUUAGGUCACUGCUUCGGUAUUGCCCAUUGCGUGUACUACGCGUGCUCAAUGCAAGGCACCGCGUCUAUCAGCGAGGACGCAAGACAGCCACCUUAUCUCUGUCCAAUUGAUCUGGCGAAGAUUCUCUGUGCCACUUCAACAUCCGCAUCCCAGCGCUAUCGGGCGCUUUUGGCAUUCUGUGAACGGCCGGGUAACAGCGAUACACAUUUCUUUGGGCCAUUCGCUACUUGGAUCCAAAGUAGACUAGGCCAGAUCAAGGACUCGACUUGA